AGAAUGAGAUUGACUUCCGGUUGCGACGUCGAGCAAGACGGUUCGAGUUGAGUGCGUUCUCUGGUUUGUGCCGAUUUUGUGUUGAGUUGCCGCUUUUAUAAAUAGAUCUGUUGCAUAACAGCUCUAUCGAAAGCUCUUCUUUCCCGAUCAGUGUAUUCGCUUACCACGUAGUCUAACCAGGAGACCGUUUUUCAAGUAAUAAUCGGUCUGCUACGCAUCGGGCCUUUGUCCGGUGCGGGCCGGCCAUCUUGCUCAAUCUUUUCGCUCGCGAAACGCAUUGUGCUGUGUUAUUCUUUGUCAAUGUUUUUUGACGCAUUCAGCAUCAAAUCAUCCCAGUGCAUCGCUUUUACCUCUCGCCAUAACCUAACUAAUCAAAUGAAAUCAUGCCGCCUCCGCGGGAUAGAAGCCGGUCACCCGUAAAAAAAAGGCUUUACCGCCAAGGACGAUAGUGAUUCUGAAACGCAAGAAGCAAUUCUAAAUAUGAUUGCCAGCUCUGUUCCUCCACUGCCAUGCGAGUCUCCGGACAGCGACAUGGAGGCCGAGCCAACUCAAGAAAAAUCUCUCACUUCACAGUCCAAUCAGGAAAAUAGUGUCGAUAAUGAACCCUCCUCGUCCGCCUCUAAAAUCUCAAGAGAUGCAAGUGACCAAGGCUACACUAGUUCCUCUACCCUCAAGAGACAAUCCCGAAAAACCCAAGACGAGGAAAAUUCAGUUCCAAAAAAGCUCAAUGCUUCGAAGCAGAUCCCAGACGCUGUCUUAGCAAACAGAUAUACCAAGUCUUCACAAGGACCUUAUGAAAUUGUUGUUACGUCCAUAGGAUCAAUCAACUCUUCCAUCCACCCUCUCACAGUGGGCCGUUUUCUCAGUUCCACUCUUAAAAAGGAUAUAACAGAAAUCAAGAAACUAGGCUUCUCUAAAAGUAUCGAGACAAGGAGUAAUAAGAAAUGUACCACUAGACCUCGCUGAAAAUACUAUUAAGGAAGAAAUUGACAGCUCGGUUGGGAUCAUCUCCGUGCGGAGGCUCAGCAGAAAGAUUAUUGAUCCAUCCACAAGAUCGGUGAGCUACUCACCCUCCAAAUCUAUCGCAAUUACUUUUGAAGGUCAGACAGUUCCGCAGUUCCUCUACUUGUAUAUGGUCAGAUAUGAAGUUUCUCUCUUGAUCUCCAAGCCUUCUCUCUGCUACUCCUGUUAUCGAUAUGGACACAUAAAGUCCCAGUGCAGAGGACAGCCUCGUUGUAUCCACUGUGGGGAUAAAUCCCACGACAAUACCUCUCCUUGCCAAAACAUAAACCAACCUCCAUCUUGCAUCAACUGCAAAGGCCCUCACAAGACAAACGAUCCUUCCUGUCCUGAAUGGCUCUUACAAAAACAAAUUCUCGAACUUGCCGCAUACAAAAACAUUCCUAUCCUAGAAGCAAAAAACACCAUCCGCGGAAACAACACCAGAAGAUCUAACCAUAUCGACUUCUCAAAUUUCCUUGAGCUUAGUAACUCUCCUACCCCAGACACCUUGUAAACCAAUUCCUCAUAUCACUCAUCCCCUCCCCCUCUUUCCCCGCAAUCAUAUGCAAACGUUGUAAAAAACUUGCAAACGAUACCCCACAACCCAUACCACUCUUCUUCUUCUAACAACGGUUCCCCCUCUUCGCCCUCCUUCUCACCUUCGCAUCCUCACCCUGCUACCAACAAAACUUCCCCCUCUCUUCUUCUUUCUCCCUCCCCUCUAUAUUCAAAACAAUAUAAUCGUAACCGUAACCAGAACCGUAACCCCUCCUCCUCCAGCACCAAUCAACGCUUCCCUCCAAACUCCCUCUUGAUCUCCCCGGAUGGCCGUCUCCCAUCAUAUCCUAACGGCAUCGCCU